UGUCAUAGUGACAUUUUUUUAAAACAGGCAACAUUAAGUGAUUAGUCACUUUGCUUGGUUCAUCAAAAUUUUUUACCCAUCUCUAAUUUCCGUUAAAAACGGCUAUUUAUCCUUAAUAAAGUGUAAAUAACAUAUCAUAUUAUCAUAAUGUCGUCCCGUAAGACCGCCGGCCGUCGUGGCACGAACAAGAAGCGCGCCCAGCGCGCCACAUCCAAUGUCUUCGCCAUGUUCGACCAGGCGCAGAUCGCAGAGUUCAAGGAGGCAUUCAACAUGAUUGACCAGAACCGUGACGGAUUUGUGGAUAAGGAUGAUCUGCAUGACAUGCUCGCUUCUCUUGGUAAAAACCCAACGGAAGACUACUUGGAAGGCAUGAUGAAUGAGGCCCCAGGGCCCAUCAACUUCACCAUGUUCCUGACGCUGUUCGGUGAACGUCUGCAGGGCACGGAUCCUGAGGAUGUCAUUAAGAAUGCUUUUGGCUGCUUCGACGAAGAGAACAACGGCGUGAUAAACGAGGAGCGUCUCCGCGAGCUUUUAACCACGAUGGGCGACCGCUUCACCGACGACGAUGUUGACGAGAUGCUGCGCGAGGCGCCCAUCCGCGGCGGGCUCUUCGACUAUGUUGAGUUCACGCGUAUCCUCAAGCAUGGCGCUAAGGAUAAGGACGAGCAGUAAGGGAGGCGACGGCAGUUUUAUAAAGCUGGGAGGUACUUUUUUACAAGUGUUAUAUCUGGUCCUAACUAUAAAACUCCUGUGAGACUCGAAUAUUAUAAUUAUUUUAAACGGGCUAGUCACGUAUUAUAGUGCGAUAUAAAAUAGUAGAAAUUAAAUAAAAUGGAACUAAUAAAUUUCCAUUCUAAAUUGUUGCCAUGUGCAUUUUACGUCAAAAAAUUGACAGCAGGAAGUGGCGCCCUCAAUAAUUUUCUACAAUUUCUUGUCGGACUAUACGUGUCACCUGUUUUAAAUAAUUAUAAUAUGUUAUAUCUGGUUUAGAUAACCGAUUAGUGCUAGGAUGACCAAGGAACCUUGGCACUUGCAGAAGGAAAAACAAUGCCGACAUUUUUAUCAACUUUGAGGGCAUUACAUAAAGCACCUUCAAUGACCGAGAUUGUACUUGUAAAAUAAAUGCUGUUAGCUUUAUAAAGAAUAGCUAAGGUUGGAUUUACAAGUAAUACAGUUUACAUUAAAUAUAAUUCAAUAACAGUGUCUAAGGAUAACUUUGACUACAAUAACCGUGGGUUUAUAUGACACUGCUCCUGAUACUUUGCAGGCUAUUUAUUAUACCCAUCUUUAAGUAUGACGUUGACGCCUAAAACUGUACAAUAAAUAAUUUACCGUAAAUAAUGAAGACAAUAAUAUUUCUCUUGAAGAAACGUUUAUUUCUGCCAGUCAUUGUUUCCAUCGUAUUCUGUCUCAGAUUAAUAAUUUCUGUUGACAUGUGAAUUGUUUUAACUGACAUGAUUAUCUCUGCCAAAAGACAUAGUAUUGUCAUCACUCUGUAUAAUAAAGUGCGUUAAUAAGAUUCAACGACAUUCAUUCAUUCCCUGUAAUUUAGCUUACGAUAUUUUUAAACGCGGUUAAAUUUACUUGUCAAUUCAACCUUUAUACCUAACGAGUAUAUUUUUUAGAUUUUUAUAUAUUGCCAAACUAAAAAUUGUUAUAAGACAAGUAACCGUUUAGAUUGUAAGUUUUAAGUUGAUGUUUGUAUGGAUUAUAAAAUCUCUAAAGGUACUGCGGUGCUAAAAUAUAGUACUUAUGAUAUUCAUCGCAUUUUAUAAGUUAUGCAUUUGUCUGAAAUUAUAAUUCCGUUUUUGGACCACUAAUAUAAGUUUUGGCCGGAUUUAAAUAAUUUCCAAUUUUAUUUAGAGUAGUUUAAAAGCGACACGGCUUCUGUAGAAUGUGAUUAGAUCGAAGUAUUAAAUCAUUCCUAGAAUUAAAAUUGGUUGGAAAAUGAAGUAUAUUUUAAGUUAAGACGACUUUUGUUUUAAAUUAUGAAUUAUUUCCCGAGAAUAUAGCGUUAAUCUAACCAGCGUGUAUCUAGAUAUUAUGUAAUCAUGUAUGUAUUUAUUUGAUAUUAAACAUAAUAAAUUCUCUCUU